AUGAGGAUCACUCCAGGCUCUGCUGCAGGCGGACAUGUUCAAACCAAUGCAAGCCGAGGGGAGAGGAAUAAUUGGGUGGAUGAAAACACCUCCCAAGAAGAACUGGACCAGCCUCCGGCGCCCGGACAGAGCCUGCGCGUCUACUCCGACCUGCACGCCUUCUACUACUCGUGGUACGGAAGCCCACGGCGCGAGGGCCACUACAUCCACUGGGACCACGUCAUGGUGCCACACUGGGACCCCAAGAUCUCGGCCAGCUACCCCCGCGGCCGCCACAGCCCCCCGGACGACUUGGGCUCCAGCUUCUACCCUCAGCUGGGCCCCUACAGCUCCCGGGACCCCGACGUGUUGCGGGAACACAUGACCCAGCUCAAGGAAGCAGCCAUCGGCGUCCUGGUCCUCUCCUGGUACCCACCCGGCAUGGCUGAUGACAACGGGGAACCCUCAGAUGACCUGGUACCUGCCAUUCUAGACACCGCCCAUCAGCACAACAUCCAGGUGGCCUUCCACAUCCAACCUUACAAGGGCCGGGAUGACGUCACUGUACAUGACAACAUCAAAUACAUCAUUGACACGUAUGGCUCCCAUGGUGCAUUUUACCGCUAUAAGAACAGCAUGGGCAAAAGCCUCCCACUGUUUUACAUCUACGACUCAUACCUGACAACCCCUGAGGCCUGGGCACGCCUCCUGACACCAAAUGGGCCCCAUUCAAUCCGCAACACACCCUAUGAUGGAGUCUUCAUAGCGCUGCUGGUAGAGGAAGGCCACACCCAUGACAUCCUUGCUGCUGGAUUUGAUGGCAUGUACACCUACUUUGCCUCCAAUGGUUUCUCCUUUGGCUCCUCCCAUCAGAACUGGAAAGCUGUGAAGAACUUUUGUGAUGCCAACAAUCUCAUGUUCAUUCCCAGUGUGGGGCCUGGCUACAUUGACACUAGCAUCCGGCCCUGGAAUAACCACAAUACUCGGAACAGGGUCAAUGGCAAGUACUAUGAGACAGCGCUGCAGGCAGCCCUGACAGUGAGGCCAGAGAUUGUCUCCAUCACCUCUUUCAAUGAGUGGCAUGAGGGCACGCAGAUUGAGAAGGCCAUUCCCAAGAAGACGCCCACUCGCCUGUAUCUGGACUAUCUGCCUCAUCAGCCCAGCCUGUACCUGGAGCUGACCCGUCGCUGGGCAGAGCACUUCAUCAAGGAGAAGGAGCAGUGGCUGAUGUGAGGGGCCUGAGGCAGACGUCCAAGCCUUGCAGGAAGAUGUCACCUUGUAGGCUCAGCUGAGAGCACAAGCACUCACUGGCCCAAGUCAGCAGCUGGGUGCUUCUGGGUGGGUGGUCAUUAAGCCAGGGCACAUGUAGGAACAGAGCCUGUUGCUGUGACAAGUGUGCUGGGGCCCACUGCAGGGAUGCAAAGCAAGGUGGUGUUCCAGAGAGAAGGGUAGAGGCUGGCAGGUGACUGCAUGCAGCCUAGGGCAUCUCCACGUCCUCAGACGGCUUUGAUAUAAUCUCUUCUGGCUUUGAACUCUGCACCAGGUUGCUACUGUGUAGUGGAGUCAGGCAGUUACUGCUCUUGGAAAGCUUUACAGUGUUCUGAGCUAGCAUGCACCCUACUUCCUUCUGCCAGUCUGUGUCCCCUUGUGAGGCCUCCCUCACUGUGUCUUCUUGAAGAUUCCAACCAGUUGAGACUUUCUGAAAGGGAACUUACAGGUUUAAGUUCCUCCCAGCUGUCAGGAAAUAUUCCUGAGCAGUCACAUUCACUCAAUACUAACUGAGCACCUUAUUAUGUGCUUGGUGCUAGGAAAAUCUUGACCUAGGAAUGGCUCCCAUCCUCCCCAUGCUACAGGACCCAGUUUUCCUUAUUUGGUGUGGCCUUGUAGCUAAUGCCUGGCAGUUAUGUUUUCCAUUUUGGUGGUUUCACCCAUGUUAGUCCAGUACCUUUUCCUCUGAGAAAAUACCUCUGCUCCAGAGCCUACUUAUCCUGAUGAGUAUCCCACCCUGGGAGAGAACGAGGACAUUUCCCUUCAGCUGUCUGAACUGAAUGCCACUCUGAGGACUACUGUGGUCACACGGAGUGCUUUCCUCAAGUACACAUUCCUUUUGCUCUAAGACCCCGUGAAUUCUGACCUCAGUCAGAUUUUGACAUGUGGCCUGGGCUGGCUAUAGUUUUAGCACAAUGAAGAGUGGCUCUGCUUGAGAAAUUACUAGUUUAAAUUAAGAUUUUUAGAGGGAAUAAUUAACAAGCUUAUUUACAAACUAAUAUGCUAAUUUCAGGGACGCUCGAUAAAGUAGGCCCUGGAACACCUUGGCAAGAGUCUUAGGAUAUACUUGAAAUAAUGUGCACUGGAAAUCACUGUACUGAGAGGACAAUGGGUUCAAGACUGAAUCAUAAUUCUGGGAAAUGGGAUCCAGAGGAAAGUGGGGGGAAGCGAACCCCAUGUCAUCACAAGGACACCCAGCCCCAUUUUGGUUUCUGACACUAAACGCCACCAGAAAAAUGAACAAUGCUGGCUGUCAAGCUUGUGGCUUAGUUGAGGAAACCAAGGCAGGAAGGCAGGACAGUUGAUAGGCUGGAUGUUGGCAUGUAGUAGUUUUAUUUUGCACGGACAACUUGACAAAUAGGGCAAGGCCAGCAGGAAGGGCCAGCUAUCCUCACGCACUGCUGAUGGCAAAGAAACAUGAUUCAUUUCUCUUGAAGGUUAAUAUACAUCAAGAGCCAUAAAUGCGUAUGUAUACUUUGAUCUAAUAAUCUUACCCUAAGGAAACAAUUUAAAAAAGAAAACAAAUAAUAAACCAUUUACAAAUAAAUUUACUAGUAGCAUUUU